GUGUAUUCAUCUUGGACCAUCCGUCAUCCAUCCAUCAUCCACUCAGUUGGUGUCUGAUCGUUGUGUAGUGAAACAACAGAGCACCUGGUCCGGUCUUUUGAGUCAUCAAUCCCCCUUGCCAAUAGCCUUCCUCUCGUCAUCUGGUAAUAGAAAGUGGUUUGUUACAUCGACAAAAUGCAAUUGCUAUCCGGACUGGUGAAAACCACCCUGCCUAACUAUUUGGCCGGAUUGCCGAUCCCGGACAGUUUCGGCGGAUGGUUCCGGCUGGGAUUCAAGGACUGGCUCUCGCUGAUCCCGCCGACCGCCGCCGUUGGAGGCCUCGUCUACAUGUCAUAUCUGGCGUUCUGCCCGGAAGCACGGCCAAAGCCUAGCACUAAGGUGAACCGGUCCGUUCGCUUGGCCGAGGCCAAGGUGGUGGACAUGAUUGACAUCGAAGACAUCGCCGAGAAGGCUGCCUUCUGCCGGUGCUGGAAGUCCAAGAAUUGGCCUUACUGUGACGGUGCGCACGGUGCCCACAACAAGGAGUGCCAGGACAACCUCGGACCGGUGGUAGUUCAGCGCAAAAAGAACUAAAGCAAUAACCAAGCAAACUCAGGAACAGUUUGGAUUACUCGAAAGUUCCGGUGGAUUCCAAUUGUAAUUGAAUAGUGCUUUUUACAUGCAUUGGAGGAACGAAGAAAAAAGAUAAUAGCAAACAACUUGCAUUAUACCGGAUUAGCGCUAGGACUUAUACAUAGGAUCUAAUAGAAAGAACAAAUCAUAGAAACAGGGGUAAGAGAAGGCACUUACGCAUCACCACAUCACUUUGUUUAUCAUGUUUCAUCAUUUUAACUGUUAUAGAUAGUAACCGAAAGCUACUUAAAUGCAAAAAAAAAGCAACGGUGAUGGCAGACAAUAAAAUACUGCAAUUCAAAAAACCAUACAUACCUUUUUUUCAAAUAUCCUGUUUACGAUUGUUUGUUUUAUAAAUUUCAAAACAAGCAUUCAGCAUGUUUCCUUAAAUAAGUGCGUACUUCAAUUUCAUGUGAUAUCAUUUAAAUCUGGAUAUACAAACCUGUUACAGCCGAGACGGUGCUGGAACACACUUUUUUCAAACAAAA